AUGGAGCCUGCUUUGGGGAUUCGGAUGGAUGAGCCAAUGACUUUUUCUCCCCUUGGUGGCCAGUUUCAGGCGGAUGGCUCAUUAAAAAAACAAGAGCAGAAUUUGAAACCACCAGGUGUUAAAAAAGAUAUUGAGAAGCUUUAUGAAGCUGUACCGCAGCUUGGUAAUCUGUUUAAGAUUAAGGACAAAAUUGGAGAAGGCACUUUCAGCUCUGUUUAUUUGGCCACAGCACAGUUACAAGUUGGACCUGAAGAGAAAAUUGCUCUAAAACACUUAAUUCCAACAAGUCAUCCCAUAAGAAUUGCAGCUGAACUUCAGUGCUUAACAGUGGCUGGGGGGCAAGACAAUGUCAUGGGAGUUAAAUACUGCUUUAGGAAAAAUGAUCAUGUGGUUAUUGCUAUGCCAUAUCUGGAGCAUGAGUCCUUUUUGGACAUUUUGAAUUCUCUUUCUUUUCAAGAAGUACGGGAAUAUAUGUUUAAUCUGUUCAAAGCUUUGAAACGCAUUCAUCAGUUUGGUAUUGUUCACCGUGAUGUUAAGCCCAGCAAUUUUUUAUAUAAUAGGCACUUGAAAAAGUAUGCCUUGGUAGACUUUGGUUUGGCCCAAGGAACCCAUGAUACUAAAAUAGAGCUUCUCAAAUUUGUCCAGUCUGAAGCUCACCAGGAAAGCUGUUCACAAAAUAAAUCCUAUGUAAUCACCGGCAACAAGAUUUCAUUGAGUGGCCCAGCAGCACCUAAAGAGCUGGAUCAGCAGUCUACCCUAAAAACUUCUGUUAAAAGGCCCUACACAAAUGCACAAAUUCAGACUAAACACGGAAAAGAUGGAAAGGAGGGAUCUGUAGGCCUUUCUGUCCAGCGCUCUGUUUUUGGAGAAAGAAAUUUCAAUAUACACAGCUCCAUUUCACAUGAGAGCCCUGCAGUGAAACUUAUGAAGCAGUCAAAGACUGUGGAUUUACUGUCUAGAAAAUUAGGAACAAAAAAGAAGACUAUUUCUACAAAAGUUAUGAAUAGUGGUGUGAUGAGGAAAACUGCCAGUUCUUGCCCAGCUAGCCUGACCUGUGACUGUUACGCAACAGAUAAAGUUUGCAGUAUUUGCCUUUCAAGGCGGCAACAGGUUGCACCCAGGGCAGGUACACCAGGAUUCAGAGCACCAGAGGUCUUGACGAAGUGCCCCAAUCAAACUACAGCAAUUGACAUGUGGUCUGCAGGCGUCAUAUUCCUUUCUUUGCUUAGUGGAAGAUAUCCAUUUUAUAAAGCAAGUGAUGAUUUAACUGCUUUGGCUCAAAUUAUGACAAUUCGUGGAUCCAGGGAAACUAUCCAGGCUGCUAAAACUUUUGGCAAGUCAAUAUUGUGUAGCAAAGAAGUUCCAGCACAAGACUUGAGAAAACUUUGUGAGAAGCUUAGAGGUAUAAAUUCUCACACUCCUAAAUUAACAAGUGAUACACAGGAGUGCAGUUCUCAUGACCCAGCUUUUUCAGAGAAGACAGAAAACCAUAAAAUUGUUCACUGCCUACAGACACCUCAAGCGCAGCCCUCAGGGAGUUCAUCAUAUGAAGGUGGCAGCAGUGGCCGUGGGGGCAAUUUUGAGGCGUCUGCUACCAGUCUAGAAGGCUGGGAUGAGGUGCCUGAUGAAGCCUAUGACCUGCUUGAUAAACUGCUAGAUCUGAAUCCAGCUUCAAGAAUAACAGCAGCGGAAGCUUUGUUGCAUCCAUUUUUUAAAGAUAUGAGUUUAUGA